AUGCGCAGUACCCUCCGCUCAAUCAUCAUGGCUUCGUUCGACGUUUCCCAGGCCAAGGCCUACUUUGUCCUCGGCGGCCCCGGUGCGGGCAAGGGCACCCAGUGCGCCAAGCUCGUCGAGGAGUUUGGCUUUACCCAUCUGUCGGCGGGCGACCUGCUCCGGGCAGAGCGUGAUUCUGGCUCCGAGGCAGCCGAGCUCAUCAACGACUACAUCAAGAACGGACUCAUUGUGCCGAUGGAGAUCACCAUCGGCCUGCUGAAGACCGCCAUGGAGUCGGCGGCCAACCCGGCUGGCUACCUCAUCGAUGGCUUCCCGCGCGCCGUCGACCAGUUUGAGGCCUUUGAGGCCACGGUUGUCCCCGCCCAGUUCUGCCUCUACUUCAAGUGCACCGAGGAUGUGCUCGAGCAGCGCCUGCUGGAGCGCGGCAAGACGUCCGGCCGCGUCGACGACAACAUCGAGGCCAUCAAGAAGCGCUUCCGCGCCCAGUCCCGCUGCCACGAGAUCGACUCGACCCGGACCGUCGACGAGGUCUUUGCUGACGUCCGCGCCAAGUUUGCCUCGACCUCGGCGUAG